CAGGGAAGACACAUUUUUCGCUUUGUGUUUACACUCAUCGACUCCAGAUUCUUUGGGAUCAACAAGUAAGAGCUAAGGGAGAAUGCGGUCGUGGUCGCAAUUAUGCACUGCUGUGCUACUCUCGUCGCUAGCACUAGGUGUUCAAGGCAAUGAAGUCAAGAUUGACCAGCAGGAGGUAAACCGACAACAAUGCUCAGGCAUGUUCAGCCGCAAGGGCUGGGGUGGAGCUGUAGACCCCUUCAUUCUCACCAAGUUUGUCAAGCCAGAAGACAUACCCGAAGACCAGGAUCCCGUCGUCUCGCUCGUUAUGUUCGAGUGGUCGGACCGUGACUACGUUGGAAAGCUCAUGGACGAUACGACUUCAGAUCGCGCCUAUAUCUGCGACGCUACCGCUAUCGAGGCCAAGUUCUGCAACGGCACGGAGGAGGGCGAAUUCAUUCUUUCCCAGGACUCGGGCAAAAGCAAGAGUUUGAUCAUUACUCAGGCCAUACAUCUCAAGAACCCACCUGCCAUCAACUAUCCUAUCAAGCGUACUGGCUAUUACUGCGUUGGUACAUAUGGCUACACAGCAGAAAACUACAACGGUGUGGUCGAGUUCCGAAACAGCUACGGUGAGCUGCCAGCUGCUCAAAUCGCAAAGCUGCCUUUCUACGGCGCUCUGACCCUUGUAUACGCUCUUGCGUCUGCAGGAUGGGCUUUCCUAUACUUCCAGAACCGCCACGACAUCCUGCCUGUCCAGAACUACAUAACAGCCAUUCUGGUCUUCCUGGUCGUCGAGAUAUUCAUGACUUGGCUCUUUUACGACUUCCAGAACAGACAUGGCCUCAGCACAGGAGCAAAAGCGCUGCUCAUCGUGGUCUCGGUCCUCUCCGCAGGCAGAAAUUCCUUCAGCUUCUUUUUGCUACUGAUUGUCUGCAUGGGCUACGGCGUUGUAAAGCCUAGUCUGGGCCGUACUAUGAUCUGGGUCCGCUGGCUGGCCAUUACUCAUUUCAUCUUCGGUGUUGUCUAUGUCAUUGCUUCGCUUUCUGUGACGCCUGAGAACGCUGGUCCCCUGGUCUUACUAGUAGUCCUGCCUCUCGCAGCCACAUUGACAGCCUUCUACAUCUGGACGCUUAAUUCGCUCAAUGCCACCAUGAAGGACUUGAUGGAGCGUAAGCAAACAAUCAAGGCAAUGAUGUAUCGUAAGCUCUGGUGGUGCAUCCUCGGCUCAAUCGUUGUCAUCUUCGUUUUCUUCUUUGUCAACAGCUGGACCUUUGCUGGUGUCAGCGAUGAGGACUUUGUGCCUACGCAUUGGUCUUCGCGCUGGUUUAUCUUGGAUGGUUGGCUCAAUCUGGUAUAUCUUGCCGACGUUGCAUUUAUUGCCUGGCUCUGGCGCCCGACAGCAAACAACCGCAGAUUCGCCAUGAGUGACGAGAUUGCUCAAGACGAUGAAGGCUUCGAGAUUGCAAGUAUGCGCUCGUCUCUUGAUUUCGAUGACCCGGACCUUGAAGGUGCACCCCCAGCAUACGACGCUCCUAGAAACAAUGCGUCUAGCUCAGCAGCCAAUCGUGAUGCAUCGCCUUUGCCGGCACCCAAGCCCACAAAGCCAGCGCCAUUGCCGAGAGAAUCUUUGGAUGGCGAAACGAUAUUCGCAGUUGGCGGAGAGGAUGAUGAUGACGAGAGGUGGAGUGAAGAUGAUAGCGAGAACGAGGGUAAACACCUGACAGGAAAGAAAGAUUAGAAUGGCUAGCGAGAUCUGAGUCUGCUCUUGCAAUGAUGGUUUUCGAAAAACAAGUGGCGGAUGUGCGAUAUUCAGUUUUACUCAUUGGGCGGCGUUAUUUUCAUGUCCAUCUCCCUUUCUGCGGAUGAAGAGAGUUGUGUUCUGGCCUUCAAGUUUCGCUUUCUCUUGCUGUGAUUCCGUAAGGUGAUUGUAUAUUCGAACGUUCCAGGAUCGUAUCUCAAGGCGUACUCUCGCAAUACUCUCCACACCAUCAAAACAUCACCAUGGAAGCCAACAUCUCUACGACUACUCUCUUACAAGCAAAGAACAAACCACGACGACGACUAUCGCAAGGCUCGCUGCAAACAAUCAGCUGAUAUGACGAGACAGCGUUAUCACAACGACCCAAAGUACAAGGCCCGAAAACUUCAAAGCAACACGCAAGAACAAC